UCUCUCACUCUCCACUCUCACACUAUCUGCAGCUCUGAUAUUCCUAUGAGCACUGAUGAUUUUAUCAUCUAACUCUACAUUUAUAGCCUUUAAAUUGCUAUUUGUAUCAUUCACAUUGUGAAGAAAAUAAGUUUAAUAUUCCACACAAGGAUUAAAAAAAGAGGACUUUUGGAAUGAAGCAAUCAUUGAUUAUACAAGGGCAACAUGUUGUUUGGGGAAUUUACUAGAUAUUGAAAUCCCAACUCUGGCACAGAGGCCGUUGUUUAGUUAAUUUGGAAGUGAGACUGAACAUAGCUGAAUGCUUAAUUGCUUGACGUUACAGACUGAAGAGGCCUGGGGUUCACUGAGGUCAUUGUGAGGGCUACAGGCAACUCCACAUUAGAGAUGUACUUUCAUGUGCAAGGAACCCACUUUUGUGUUGUGUUAUGUUGUGUAAUUUUAUAGGACAGUUUGUCUUAAUUUUAUUUGCUGCUAUCAGAGAUUAAGUGUCUUGUACAAUCCAAAUCAACUGAAGCAUCCAGUCAGGAUUGCUCAAUGAUAAGGAACAGCUUCAGGACUCUAUCAUUUGAUAGAAAAUACCCUUUUAUAACAGAAUUUUCCUACAAAUGAUUUCUUAAUCCAGUGUAGAAGAAUGCGUUUUAGGAUGCAGAUUUAGUAAAUUCAUUAUAAUCUUAAAAAAAAAAAAAAAAAAAAACUUGGUUUCCAUAAAAAUAUUUAGUAUUAAAUAUUUCAUAUUUAACUAUUGAUAAUAAUAAUAUAUAUUUCUUGAGCGCCAAAUCAGUAUUUUAGAAAAUGAUUUCGAUCUCAUGUGACACUGGUGACUGGAAUAUUGCCUGCUGAAAAUGUAGCUUUUCAAUCACAGGAAUAAAUUAAGUAAAAAAAAUAUAUUAGAAAAUUAUUUCAAAUUGUAAUAUUAUUUCACAAGAUUGCUGUUUUUACUCCAUUAUUAGUUUUCAGCCUUGGUGGGCAUACAAGACUUCUUUCAUAUAUAUUGAAACAUGUUAACAGAUAUUCAAAAUAAUGCUCAUUAUUUUAUUUCAGCAGGUCUUGCUGCACUGUUGCAAAGAUUAAUACAACUCAACACAGGAAGCAUGUAUUUUCCAGCUCUUCUCUACCCAUGCAUUUUGGGCAUGCUCAGUCUGGUUCAUGGCAUUCCCGUUCAUCCAGAUAGGCUGAAAAACAUGGUCAAACUGCAGGCAGACACCAUUAUCCUCAGAAUCAAAGAUCACAAUGAGAAGUUGAAACUAUAUCCAAAGCUCCUCAUAGGGGAUCCAGAACUUUACCCCGAGGUUCCUGCUGAUAGACACAUCCAAGGUCUUGGGUCUAUUAUGGACACCCUAACUAUCUUCCAGAAGGUUCUCCAAAGGCUGCCCAAGGGGCAUGUGAGCCAGAUACGCAGCGAUUUGUCCACCCUUCUGGGUUACCUUAAGGAAAGAACGACAUCUAUGCAUUGCAUACUCAAGGAGCCAGCUAAUGGGAGGUCACUGGAUGCAUUCUUGGAGGAAAACGCCACCCACCACAUUACUCUUGGGUACUUGGCUUUAGACAGACUGAAACAGUUCAUGCAAAAGCUGAUAGUUAAUCUGGACCAGUUAAAAAGCUGCUAAUUUGAAUGAUUGUUAUUUAUUAUAUUUAUUUAAACCCUGUAUAUUUAUAGACCAAAGCAGCAUUUUGCCACAUUUUGAUAUGUACGAACUUCCCUGACGUUAAACGUGUAAGCUUAAAACACUGGCAUGCCAAACAAUCUGUCCUUGCCAUGUAAACACUAGCAAUCUGAUACCUGCAUGCGUUGCCAUGUCAUACUUCAUGCUGUUUGCAGGAUGACAUCAGCAUUUGCUUAGCGUGCUCAAUGAUGUCACUGUGUUUACCAGAAGCAGCGAGGUCAGACUCUGCUUGGAAGCUGGAAUCAUGUUCCCAUUUUACCUCUUGCCUCAACACCAGCAUUUUACACUCGCCGAGUGCCCUACAGAGUUUAGUUCCAACCCACAUACCAUGUAGUUUUCAAAUAACCCUGAAGAAUUUGAUUAGUUGGAUCAGGUGUGUUUAAUUAGGGUUAAAUCUAAACCAGGAAUUGAGUUUGAUACCCCGAGUCUAAAGGGGUAUCUUUUUUAAAGGGGUAAAUGAGGUACACAUGUACUUUUUGAAAGGGUACGGCUCCAGUGGCAGUUUUUGUACCUUUUUUUUUUUUUUUUUUGAGUAUGGGGGAGAAGAAAAAAAGAUUUUCCUAUACAGUAUGAAUCUAUGCACUUUGCACUAGUUUUGUAUUUUGUGUAUUGAUGCUUUUAUAUAUAUAUAUUAAAUUUUACCAAUAAACAAAAUGUCUAAGUUACAUAGACACUUUUGCAAUUUA